AUGGCGACCAAGAAGGCCAGAACAUCCGAAUCAAAGCGGGCCUUCGAGCGUCGGGCCGAAGUUCCCAAGGUCUUUGAUUCUGAUCAAAUCGUAGUGAUCAAGACGCCAGAAGCAAAAGUAUUCCGAGUUCAUGCUCAUCUCCUGGUUCAGUACUCGGAUUACUUUCUGCACGCUCUGAACAGUGGCAUGAAAGAGUCCAAGAGCAUGGAAUUCCAGCUGGAGAAGCAUGCCAACGAUCUCACAGUGGGAGCACUCGUGGACUGGCUCUAUGCCAAACCAGCCGGCAACGUCAAGAAGAUCCUGGAAGAUGUCUUCCCGGAAGCUCCGGUCUAUGAUGAUCUGCAUAUCAACACAGCGUAUCGCUUAUGGCAGCUCGCGGAUUAUCUGAAAAUGCCUGUCUUGCAGAAUGAUGUCAUGCGUUUACUUCAUAAAGUGAGUCUUCAACACCAGGGUUCCGUCAAUCAGGUCCGUUGGGACAUUCUAGAAGAUCUGGACGAAAGGUCGAUGCUUUUCCGCCUUUAUACAACAAUUCUGGCGUCAUAUGCAGCCCGACUCGAUUACAAGAAGAUCAUCGCGAAUGGUGUCUUGUCUCUCCCGGUUCAUGUUCUUGAAGCAACAAUUUGCUAUCUUGCCGGGUACCACGCGCAUGCAGACAAAGUGUACAAGCUAGACGAGCUUCUCGUUGACGAAGACCUAUCUAAUGAGGAUUAGGAAGAGGAUGGCGACGGAGUCGAGUUGGUUUUCACAUAGCGUGGCCGCGGCAAUUCUGAUAAUUGCUUCACUGUGCCCAUGUUACACGUCGAGAGAGCUGGUGAAGCACGGUAGCAAGCAUCCGACGGUCAAGGAGAAACGGUCAGCAGAGCUCGAGCGACGAUGGACAUGAUCGAUAGUGCAAUGAGCUGAGACAAUAGACGAC